UCAGCCUCACCAUAUACUCAAUACAAAGAACCUGCAGGGUUCUGAAGCUUAUGUUUCUUUGCCUGCAGGUGCAAACACGUGACCAGUGGACACAGUGGGAAGCCAACCCGUAUGACGACCACACAUAUGUCCAGUAUCUGCCCAUUGGAUUCAGGGGAAAAUCAUUUGCUGAGUCUUUAACUGGAGAUGAUAUCAUAUUUUAUACUGGCGUAUCCCAGAUAGUGUUUCAAAAGCUUGUGAAAGCGGUGUCUGCUUUGGCAAAGAAGCCAAGUGCCCUAACACGUGCUGACCAAUUAAUAAUGUGUCUAAUGAGGCUUCGCCUUGGGCUGCUGCAUGGACACCUUGCACGAAUUUUCAAGGUGUCUGUGUCGACUUUCAGCAACAACGAUUUAUACAUGCUGGAUUUGCUCAGCAAAAUCAUGAAGAACGUUGUUAUAUGGCUGCCGAAAUCGUGCAUACAGAACAGCAUGCCGCAGUCCUUUGUGGAAAACAAGCAUGAUGACACAACAUGCAUCCUGGAUUGUACUGAAGUGUUUCCGCAGCGUCCAAAAAAGCUGAUGGCAAGGGCACAAACAUACAGCAGUUACAAAGCUCACAAUACUGUAAAAUUCCUUGUAGCAAUUGCCCCAAACGGGUUCAUUAUGUUCGUGUCCAAAGCUUACGGAGGGCGUGCCUCGGACAAAUUCAUAACAAAUGACAGUGGCAUCAGUCACUACCUUGGACAUGGUGAUGUUGUGAUGGCGGACCGAGGCUUCGCACUCACAGACGAGAUGCAAAUUCAAGGUGUACGACUGAACACACCAGCAUUCACUAAAGGAAAACCUCAGCUGACCAACAAGGAAGUGACAAGUACAAGAAGAAUAGCAUCAGUACGCAUACAUGUUGAGCGUGCCAUUAACCGCUUAAAAACUUAUAGAAUAUUCAAGCAAGCCCUGCCCAUACGAUCCAAGAAAACCAUCAGUAAGAUGGUAUUUGUAUGCGCAGGACUCUGCAACUUCAAGUCAGACCUGAUCAAGAAGCCAGGUGUCUAAGAAAAUAAAUAGACUUCCACUAUUUUUCGCCUCAAUGUUUUAAUUAUCUAAACUUUGGUGUGGUAAAAAUGGUGAAUGAUAUAAGUGAGCUCUAAGGAAAUGCAUUGAAACCUCCCAGGCUGCAUCAUCUGCAAAAUUUUCAGUGUUCCACACCAUUUUUCAAGCACACCAGUGCAGAAUUGAAAAGCUAUGCACAGACUCAUUUAUUUGCAUAAAUCACAUUUCACAAAUUGCGACAUACUCAUCAGGUACGUCUAACUUUCCAUCAUUCAGCAUGUCAGUCAUGCGGGGAAGCAACUCAGAAAAGUAGAAUUUUUUUAGUCGUGCCAUAUUUUUGGAAACAUAGCUAGGAUUAAAAGGAACCUCAAUCACGACAUCUUUCUGAGCGCUCCACACAUA